AUGCCGAACCCGCGAGUUUUCUUCGAUGUGGAAAUCGGAGGGCGCCCGGCCGGACGCAUCGAGAUGGAGCUGUUCGCGGACACGGUUCCGAAAACGGCAGAAAAUUUUCGGGCCUUGUGCACUGGCGAGAAGGGCAAAGGACGCUCGGGCAAGCCUUUGCACUACAAAGGUAGCGCGUUUCACCGCGUGAUUCCAGACUUCAUGUGCCAGGGAGGUGACUUCACGAAAGGGAACGGUACUGGUGGAGAGUCGAUUUACGGAGAGAAGUUUCGUGAUGAGAAUUUCAAACACAAGCACACUGGACCUGGCAUUCUGUCCAUGGCAAACGCAGGGCCUCACACCAACGGAUCGCAGUUCUUUUUGUGCACGACGGCCACGCCACACUUGAAUGGCAAACACGUAGUCUUCGGCAAGGCAGGAGCGGCGAGCGUGAGAGUGCGCGGGAGCGGGAGUUGGCGAGGGACCCGCUAUGCAAACGUCCCAGCGGUCGGAUGUCUUUUUGUUCAACUUUUCUUGAUCUUGUUAGCUUCGUUUUGGUUGGGGGUGUGA